AUGUCUCAGUGGUCUGGUUCUUAAUAUAAGGGACCUUUAGAAAAUGGGUGGUAUCAGGGCUUUGGCAAAUUCUAUUAUCCAAAUGGCGUAGUCUACGAGGGGAACUUUGACAAGGGAGAAUUCCAUGGCGAGGGAACUCUGAUAUACCCCAACGGAGGUCGAUAUGUAGCUAAAUGGGAUAAGGGAAAGCUGAUUGAGGGCAACUAUUUCUUCUACGAUAAUCUCGAGUAUAACGAUCAGACCUGGGAGUACUGUACAAUUAAGGACAGAGCCUUCUACACAGAGAAGCUAAAGGGAUUGAGGCCAGAUGGAUUGACGCUGAUCACCAAUGAUAUUAAGGGACCCAAGAACAUCCCAGAAGGUACUUACGACAUUGGAGACGGUUACUACGAUCCAACUAAGAGAUCAAUUUAUGAAUAUGAUGGCAGCUUCAAGAGAGACUUGGACCACGGAGAGGAACAAUGGAUUAUUGAGAAGUGCAGAUACAAUGCCAAAAAAUACGAAGACGACACUCAUUUAGAUGGAGGAGGAGAUAAGAUCAUCAGAGAGAUGGUCAAGCUUAAUCAAAACCCCACUCUUAAGCAAGCCAGAGAGAGCAAGGCUCACUGA